GAGUUUUCCGAGGGCGAGGUUGACUUAGAAGACGUUUCUGACGGAAGUAUUGGAUCUGAUCACGAAAAUGAUAUUCUCUGCUUCUGUUUGUGCGGUUUACCGGCAACUACUGAUAUGGUUGCGUGCGAUGCCAGUGGAUGCAAAAUUGAGUGGUUUCACUACCAAUGCGUGGGCUUGACGGCAGAUACUAUUCCCUCAGGCAGUUGGUAUUGUGAUGUUUGCAAAGAAAACGACAUGGAGAUAGAAUUAGACCUCCAUGCUGUAGAUGACGGGUACAAGGCAACUGCAGAAGAUGACAUAGCCAUGGAAGCAUCUGCCUCGGCAGAGGUAGUUACUCCCGAUCCAGCUGUAUCCACUACCGACACAGCCAAGUCAGCUUCUUCUAGUUCUACAAGUACUAAGAUUGAAGCUCAAGGUUCUGACAAGAAAGCCAAAACAGCUAUGAAGGCAACCAACAAGAAAAGCUGCAAAGAAAAAGAAAAGAAAUCCAAGAAAAAAGCUUCAAGUCCAGUGAAACGGCCAGCGCAACGCUUCACAGUGGAGCAUGCUAAAACCAACGCUGCAGAGUAUGUGAAAGCUGCUUUGGAGAGAAUACAGAAUCAUCCCAUCUUCACAGGGACAUAUCCAUUGGCGGUUUUGGCAAUGACCCUGGUGACAUCAGUGCUACAAGUUCAAGACUCCUCUGCAUUCACAGACUUCAGUGUAACACUCGUCACUGCUCUCUGGUUCGUUGCUACGGCCGGGGAUGACAAAUUUCUUCAACCAGAGGCUAUGGAUGUUGUGUGGAAACAUUUUCAUAAAUUUAAACUGAGCUCCAUCCAUGAAUGGAAAUCUUUUCUGGAGUCCAUCUCUAUCUGUACUGAUGGCAACCACAUUCACAUUGUUUACCAACAUCUGCUGUUAUCUGUCAUUACUCUGCUCAUAAAAGACAGACAUGCUACUGAUCUUCCUGUAGCUCCUUCAAACAGCCAAGUUUCCAUUUCUAACAUUUCUAAAGAGGAGGAACAAGUGCUUAGAUAUGUAGCAGGCUAUGUACCCUUUGCUCUUUUUGAAAAAUUUAGGAAACAACUCAAUGAAACGAGUUCUGUUUUUUGUUCAAUCCUUGCCACCUGGCGUUCUUGCACCACAGACACUGAACAAACAUUUUUGGAGUACACUAAUAAAUGGAUACAGGCCCAAAAUCGAGGAGGACUGUUUAACAUUAAUGAUGAUGUUUAUGUAUUUUUCAGAACUUUAGAAAAUGAGGCCCGUCAAUUCCUCUCCAAAGGCAACUUAGAGGAAUUCAUUGGUAAAAACAUCAAGAGGAGUUUGAAAGAAAAAAUGAUGUCCCAAAGUAGAGUUCAUAACUACUGGUGUAAUUUAACAAGAGAAAAGAUUUCCGGAGAUGUCUCAAAGCGCCUGUUAGACAUUGUUGUAAAUUUAUACAUAAAAAUCAGAAUAAAAGCAUUCUUGAAGGUUUAUCUCAACUUAAAAAAAGCGGCUGGUCAAGCCUCCAAAAAAGCUGAGAAGGCCCUAAGAAAGGAACUUGCUUCUUAAAUACUUGUGCAAGAACAGGUACUGAUCAAAAGCAGUACUAAAAAAUUAUACAGGAUGCAAGAAAAUGUAAUCAAUCAACAUCUUGACAAUUGUUAAAAUAUUAAUCCUUCAACUAAUCCCUUCAGAAUGGCAAAAAAAUCCUCUAGCAUAUUGUUAAUGUUGGAAUUUCAUGAAUUGCUGGUGGCCAAGAUGUACAAAAUAUCUUUUUUCAACUGUAGUGUUACUGAAUCAAAGCGCACUAUAAAGUAUGUCUAAACUACUUCACAAUCAACAUUUUUGUUACUCAUUAUUAUGGCAAGGGAAGAUUAGUUGCUUCCCAAAAUUGUAGCGAUUUAAUUGGGUUUAUUUUCAAAGAAUGGAAACAUGUUAACAUCAAUUUUUUCUGGGCCAUUCCCUGUUUACGUGUGUAACAUAAAAAGGAUAUUUCUUCAUUUCCCAUGUCUGCUUUAACUUUCGUUAAGUUGUGUUUCAUUAACCUAAUAAUUAUCAAGCAAAAAAUGAA